GCCUCGGAAAAGCUAAGAAACCGUGUAGGUAGGUAGAAGCAAAGAAAGAAAGAAAGAAAGAAGGAGGGCAUAAAUAGAAGAGAAAUGGGACGAGUGAAGCUGGAGAUAAAGAAAAUAGAGAAUACAACUAAUCGGCAAGUCACUUAUUCCAAACGGAGAAACGGUCUGAUUAAGAAAGCUUAUGAGCUUUCUGUUCUCUGUGAAAUUGAUGUCGCCCUCAUCAUGUUUUCCCCUUCUGGUAAACCGAGCGUUUUCUCCAGCAACAAUAAAAGGUAUAUAUGUACAACUCGAUAUGCUUAUCUAUUAAAUCGAAAUCGGUUUCUGCAAAGGGCUCUGGCCAAGUUGAAAUACGAAUCAUCAGAUCUGAACAGUCACGCAGCCAGCCCUAUGAACAGUGCCGACCACCAACUGGAGGAAAUUCAACAGCAGCUUGCGAAAUGCAAGUCCAGGCUAGAGCAAGUGGAGCAGCGACUGAGAGUGUAUGAAUGUGAUCCGUGUGAGAUAAUAACGUUUGGCGAGGCGCAGUAUAGGGAGAGGAUAUUCGAGCACAACCUUAACCAAGUUCGACAGCGCAGAAGGUUUUUGGAGGAGAACUGUAGUGAUCCCAUCCGUCGCGCACACUCAGCUUCGGUGGGGGGAAUGGUAAUGAACGGUGGAGAUGGACAGCAUCAUCAGUUCGGUUCAACGGAUGGGAUUAUUCCGAAUGGUGUGAUAGAGAACUGGUUGCUUCCGGUUCCGGGUGACGACAGAGCUGAUUCACAGUCCCAAAUCUUCAACUUUCUUGAUUCCAAUGCCCUGGAUGGAAGAGGAGGGGGGAGCGUGGAUGGCAUGGGGAUGACGAUGAUGAUGAUGCCGCAGCUUCAUCACAUGCAAAACGGCGAUGAGUUGUUGUUAGGGGGCGGCGGUGGUGAUCCGAAUCACGUGAUCGGUGGUAGCACCUCUUCCGGCGGUGGUAGGAUUCCUCGGGUUGAUGACGCGCAUUGGACCCCACCUCAACAUUACGCCCCACCCCAGCCACAACCAGGUGUAGACGAUGACGUUUCGUUAUUCCCAUCGACAACAUAUCAAAGGGAACGAGCGAUCCUAGAGGCAUUCAUUUCUCAGCUCACAACCCCACCGCUUACCCAGCCAGAUGAUCUUAUCUGAUGACGAUGUUGAUAACAUUUAUUUUCCGGCAGAGUAUUAUUAAUCUCAUAUGUAGUAAAAGUAAAUCGGCAUUAAUUCUUUCCUUUGACUGCAUAUUCAGUUGUUACAUUAUUCUCAAGAUAACAAACGUCUCCAAAACUAUGUAUUAUUCUGAAAUGUUUCUCUGUACUAGUGUUUAUUAUGUUAUUGGUGAUAAAUAGUUUUUAAUUUAAUUAUAAAUUGUUUCUAAGUUAAAUAGUCUUUUGUGGAAGUAAAGGGCUUAAGUGAUA